CUAGGAUACACUUUGAAAGCCUACUGAAUGUUCAAUCCAAACAACAAUAAUAAUAGACUUAAUCUUUGAAGUGAGUUAUCCUCACGAUAUCAGUUUAAAUAGUCUAAAACCGUCCACUGAAGGUGUUAUUUUGAAGGUUGUGACAGGAAGGUUGGUGUUAUAUUGUCGCUAGCCUUGCGUAGCCGUAAGAGCACACUGUGUACUAGUGCGAACUUACUGCUGCCUACCAGUGGUGGUCUGUCCUCUCCAGCUCCUGCUGCAGAGGACUGUGUCGCAUAUAUCCCCUCAACCUGUCGUUUGUCAGCACCUGGUUGCCUUUGCACAAGGGCGGUGUAACGUCCAGCUUUGACUGUAAGAACGUAUGUGCCUGAGAGUCUGACACACGUCUGUUUAAUGGCUACCUCGGGCUCCACCUCUUCUGCCUCCAUCACCGCCACUGUGCCUGAGGGUUUCCAUUAUGAAACCAAGUACGUUGUCCUCAACUAUCUGGGAAUGCUGCCUGUUAGUGGAUCACAAGCACUACCUGCAGCUCAAGGAGAUUCCCAGAAUGAGAGAGAGAGGACCAGAAUGAUAAAAGGGCAGAUAGAGGAAGAACUGAGACAACUGGAAGAUGAAAUCGCUGCAUCCUUUUCAAGCACAGGCUUCGACCGCCACACAUCGCUGGUGUUCUGUCCGGCCAACCCAGAGACCUCAAUUGAAGACUGCCUUGCUGCACUGGGAGACCGGAUGGCUAGAGAACUUGACACGCACCUGGCAGCAGCCGUACACACACUCCUCACAGGGCCUCUGGACUACCAGAGAUUCAGAGACACAGCGCUGGAUCUGUCAACACACACACAGGGAGGCUGGAGUAAGGUGCUAGUGCCUUUGGUGCUGCUUCAGGCUUUACAAAGUGAGGGCCAGUCUGUGACAACUUUGCUGCAUCUGGGAGUGCGCUUCUUAGAGGAGGCUGAGGCUGACUACAUCAUCCAGCAAGGGGGAUGGGGUGAAAUAUUUGGCCUUGAGUCAGAGGAGGAGCGAGGUGUUACCAUUGCUGAAGACAGCAACGACAUUUACAUCCUCUCAGGGGAGCAGCAUCCCGACCAGCUCAGCCCCCCCUCGUCGCUGCUCUGCACUGGAGACAACAGCAGCGGGCAGAGCUCCUGGCAGACAGAAAGCUUACCUGUGUCACUGGCUGGCCACGAGUCUUGGGCACAGGUUGGUAUGAUGGACCCUGAAGACGUCAAGAGCCUGGACAGCAAUGAGGGCGUGGCUCUGGCUGAGGAGCGCAGCGAGAACAACUCCUCAAACUCGGACAUUGUCCACGUAGAGCGCGAGGAGGCUGAGCUACUGGAUGAAGGCGGUGAGGGCGGAGCGAUAGAGGAAAGCAUGAUGAGUGUUUUAGGCACAGAGAGCGAGCUGGCCGAGCUCAGGGAAGAAUUUAGGGACCAGACUCCACCUGUUCCAGUGUCAUUGGAGGCAGACACCACAGCCCCGGCCUCCCUGAUUUCAUUAGAGGAGCCAGUUGUAAUAGAGACGCCCGCGAGCUUGUCAGCAGAGCCUUCCCUCAUCUCAGAACCAGAGCUGCCUCCCCCAGUCCCAGAAGCUGCCGCUCUCCCUCCCUCUGAGCCAGAACCUGCAGCACCUUUACCUGUUCCUGCAGUAGAACCAGAGCCUGAGCCAGAACCAGCUGCUGCCACUGCCCCAGUGCCUGCUGAGGCGGCGCCCUCAUCUCUAGCCAAGGAGGCCCCGACCGUCAGUUCCACAGCACCAGCAGAGCCUGAAGCCACCUCUGAACCAGAACAGACGCCCGUCUUAGUGCCUCCCCAGCCAGAGGAGCCCCAGCCCGAACCAGAGACUGUGGCAGAGCCAGAGGCCCCGCUGUCUGCACAUCUGGUCCCAGAGUCUGCAGAGGCCCCUGUACAGGCCCCAGCUGAGGAGGCCCCGGCGCUGCCAGAGCCAGAAUCAGAGCUCCCAGUGCUGCUUUAUGGAGGCGCUGCACUAGUGGUCCUCGCUGCUGUGAUGGCAUACGGUGUCAUAAGCUACAGGAGGAAGUAGAAUAAAAAGUAUCUUUCUCAGGGGAUUAGAAUGCAAAUUAAAAGAUGUUAAGGUAGAUAAUUUAUUAGUACACACUCUCCUUACAAAUUGCGUUGGAUUUAUCAUUUGAGGCUGCAUUUAAAAAAAAAAAUUAAAAAAAAAAAAAACACAAUGCUUUUGAAGGUUUAAAAUCUGUGAAAAUUCCUCCCAGCAAUCCUGGAUCUCACCACAUUCACAACCUUACUGCUGGAAUUCUUGGCUGUUUUCACUCCACCAGGUGCAAACACAGAAAGGGGAAAAUAAUGCACUCCACUGUACUUCUUAUUUUUGAUGUUUUUCUUCUCCCUCAAUCCUUUUGGGUUCACCGUGUCAGUCAUAAAUUCUUUUGGAAUCCAGCCCUUUAGAUUUGAAAGUGUGUGGACUUUGAUCUCUCUUCUGCCUGUUUCUGUUGUCUGUUGUUAGGAUUGUUUUGUUUGAGUCAGUGUACCUACAUGGAAAACUCAAGUUUCUCUUUCUAUGCAGCAAAGUGGCAUCUAUUCAUCCUCUCCCCUCUAACUGUGAUGUGUUAUUCUGGUACUUUCUCUGAUACACAAACCAAAUAUAGAAAUUAAACCAAUAAUGUGAUAUUAUGCGUCAGUUUAAAGGUACUUCUGACAAAACAGACAUAUUGGUUUAAAUGUAUGUUCCAUCUUUCCACACUGCACAUGGGAUUUCUAUCAAUGUACAAAUGUGCUCCAUGUUUUAGUUCACCUUUAUGUGUAAAGACAUUAAAGAUUUUCCCCAAAGUA